AUAAAUAAAUGUGUCUGAUCAACUCAUUUAAUUCGUCCUGUUUGGUAGAUAUAACCAUAGUUGAAGCUAGGCUUGAAGCACACUCUCUCUAGCUAUAAAGCCAAGCAUGAAGCACCUCUGCCUAUUUGCAGUCCAUGAUUUGCUCUCCUCUUCAUUCCUUUCUUUCAUCCAUCCAUGGAGUUGAUGGACCUUCUUAUCCUCCUAGCGGCAGCUCUCCUCGUUCGUCUUUGGUGGAGAUACUGGUCAGUCACCGGAGGUGGAUCCAAGAACCUUCCUCCUGGUCCGCCGGGUUGGCCGCUCGUUGGCAACCUGGUGCAAGUCCUUCUCCAACGUCGUCCAUUCAUAUACGUCGUCCGCGACCUGCGUACCAAGUAUGGCCCCAUAUUCACCAUGCAAAUGGGGCAGCGCACGUUGAUCAUCAUCACAAGCGCCCAGCUCAUCCAUGAAGCCCUUGUCCAGAAGGGUCCUCUCUUUGCUAGUCGCCCGGCUGACUCGCCCACUCGUCUCUUGUUUAGCGUCGGUAAAUGCACCAUUAACUCGGCUGAGUACGGUCCUCUCUGGCGCACCUUGCGCCGGAACUUCGUUACCGAGUUGAUAAACCCAACCAGGAUCAAGCAGUGUGGUUGGAUACGUGAGUGGGCGUUCGAUAACCACCUGAAGAGGAUCAAGAAAGAGGCCUUGGAGACGGGAUCCGUCGGGGUCAUGACCAACUGCAGGCUCACUAUAUGCAACAUUCUGAUCUGCAUUUGUUUUGGUGCAAGGAUUUCCGACGCCAGAGUCAAGGAAAUCGAAGCCGUGUUGAAGGACGUCAUGUUGAUGACGACCCCGAAACUUCCCGACUUUUUGCCCGUCUUCACGCCAUUUUUCCGACGGCAACUAAAGGAAGCCAAGAAGCUAAGAAGGAAACAAGUGGAGUGCUUGGUCCCUCUUGUUCGAAGCCGAAGGGCAUUCGUGGAGUGUGAAGGGAACCCUACUGGCGACGCUGCUGGCUGGAACGAGGAUAUCGUGAGCCCUAUCGGUGCGGCCUACAUCGACUCACUGUUCAAGCUCGAACCUUCCGGCCGAGGAAAGCUGGGUGAAGAAGAGCUCGUGACGCUGUGCUCGGAGGUCAUGAACGCCGGUACGGAUACUAGUGCAACGGCAGUAGAGUGGGCGUUGCUUCACUUGGUGAUGGACCAAGAUAUACAACAAAAGCUGUACGAGGAGAUCGUGGACAGUGUAGGAAAAGACGGAAAAAUCACGGAAGAAGACGUGGAGAAGAUGAGGUAUCUGGGCGCCAUUGUGAAAGAGACCUUCAGGCGACACCCGCCGAGCCACUUUGUGUUGUCUCACGCAGCGACACAUGAGACAGAGCUGGGGGGGUACACCAUCCCCGCCGACGCGAAUGUAGAGUUCUACACAGCGUGGGUGACCGAGGACCCAAGCGUGUGGAAGGAGCCGGGUGCGUUCAGGCCAGAGAGGUUCUUAGAUGGUGAUGGGGUGGACGUGGACGUGACUGGGUCGAGGGGGGUGAAGAUGAUGCCCUUCGGAGCGGGGAGAAGAAUCUGCCCAGCCAUGACGCUUGGGACGCUGCAUGUGCACUUACUGUUGGCUAGGAUGGUGCAAGCAUUCAAGUGGGUUCCUGCCCCAGAUGUUCCACCAGACCCUACAGAGACAUUCGCCUUCACAGUGGUCAUGAAGAACCCUCUCAGGGCUGCUAUUUUGCCCAGGUGAUGAAGAUCCAUCGAAGAAAGCAUCAUGAACAUGAAAUGUGUUCUCGGUCGUCUCUGUUUCUGUCUCGUUGGCUUCAAUUAAUUAAAUCUUCAUGAGUUUAAUUAUAUUUAUCUAUUAUACUUAAAAAAACUAACUUAUAUAUAUAUAUAUAUAGAAAAGCAGUUUGUCAAGAAGGAUGAUUGCGAUUGGUUUUAGUGUA